GAGUGUUAGAAUCACAGGCAUGAGCCACCAUGCUGGCCCAAAAUUUUGAACUUUGAUAGUUAAAUCUCUGGAUUGCUUCCCAAUGAGCAGCUGGCUGUGGGGAUGUGCUUUUCUCUUAAAGACUCUGGCAGGAAGAACCUGUCUAUUGGAUUGCUCCCUGACAUGGAGCAAUCAGCAUUGCCCUUUCAUUCCAGCCACUUCAUGUGAAGUUACCAUCAUCAGCUGCUUCUACUUGUUUCCCUUUGAUAAACAUGGGCUGGGGAAUAAUGUUGAGAUUCUUAGUAUAAGAUGGAGUUGGAAUAGGCCGUGGUGGGAGUAGGGGCAGAGCUGUGCUAUAUUGAUUAUUGAAUGGUUUCUGUUAUAAUUUUUCACAGAGAAAAGAGUAACUUUUUUUUUCUCCCUUAGAAGACAAAAAUCCUAAUGCUUUUGAGAAAGCGAUAAAGUUGGGAGGGAGGGGGAAGAAGCAACUGCUUUCCUGAUCUGCAACUUGGCUGGAUGCUAAGAUGUCCGUGGACAUGAAUAGCCAGGGUUCUGACAGCAAUGAAGAGGACUAUGAUCCAAAUUGUGAGGAAGAGGAAGAAGAGGAAGAUGAGGACCCUGGGGACAUAGAGGACUAUUAUGUAGGAGUAGCCAGCGAUGUGGAGCAGCAAGGGGCGGAUGCCUUUGAUCCAGAGGAGUACCAGUUCACCUGCUUGACCUACAAGGAGUCUGAGAGUGCACUCAACGACCACAUGACCAGUUUAGCCUCGGUCUUAAAGGUAUCUCAUUCAGUUGCUAAACUUAUAUUAGUUAAUUUCCACUGGCAAGUCUCAGAGAUAUUGGACAGAUACAAGUCAAAUUCUGCUCAACUGCUUGUUGAAGCUCGAGUUCAGCCUAAUCCAUCAAAACAUGUCCCCACAGCCCAUCCCUCUCACCAUUGUGCAGUCUGUAUGCAGUUUGUACGCAAGGAAAACCUACUCUCUCUGGCCUGUCAACACCAGUUUUGCCGCAGCUGCUGGGAGCAGCAUUGCUCAGUACUUGUCAAGGAUGGCGUGGGUGUGGGAGUCUCUUGUAUGGCUCAGGAUUGUCUACUCCGUACACCAGAGGACUUUGUGUUUCCAUUGCUUCCCAAUGAAGAAUUGAGAGAUAAAUACAGGCGCUACCUCUUCAGGGACUAUGUGGAGAGUCAUUACCAGCUCCAACUGUGCCCUGGUGCAGACUGCCCCAUGGUUAUUCGGGUACAGGAGCCUAGAGCUCGUCGAGUACAGUGCAAUCGGUGCAACGAGGUUUUCUGUUUCAAGUGUCGUCAGAUGUAUCACGCCCCCACAGACUGUGCCACAAUCCGGAAAUGGCUCACGAAGUGUGCGGACGACUCUGAAACAGCCAACUACAUUAGUGCUCACACUAAAGAUUGUCCCAAGUGCAACAUCUGCAUUGAGAAAAAUGGAGGCUGCAAUCACAUGCAAUGCUCUAAAUGUAAACACGAUUUCUGCUGGAUGUGUCUAGGGGAUUGGAAGACUCAUGGCAGUGAGUACUAUGAGUGCAGCCGUUACAAGGAGAAUCCUGACAUUGUCAACCAGAGCCAGCAAGCCCAGGCCAGGGAAGCUCUCAAAAAGUACUUAUUCUACUUUGAGAGGUGGGAAAAUCACAACAAAAGCUUGCAACUAGAGGCACAGACAUACCAGCGGAUUCAUGAGAAGAUUCAGGAGAGGGUCAUGAACAACCUGGGGACAUGGAUCGACUGGCAGUACCUACAGAAUGCUGCCAAGCUCUUGGCCAAGUGUCGAUACACUCUGCAAUAUACCUACCCAUAUGCAUACUACAUGGAGUCUGGACCCAGGAAGAAACUGUUUGAAUACCAGCAGGCUCAGCUGGAGGCUGAAAUUGAAAAUCUCUCAUGGAAAGUGGAACGUGCUGACAGCUAUGAUAGAGGGGACUUGGAAAACCAGAUGCACAUAGCAGAACAGCGGCGGAGAACUCUACUGAAGGAUUUCCAUGACACCUAGCUGGGACAUGGGUGUGCUGGGCAAGGGAGAGAGACUGAGGGAUGUAUUGGGAGAACAAAUUAGGAGUGUAGUGAAGAAUCCGGAAUGGAACAACAGGGAGUUAAUAGUGGAGAAGAGUACCUGCCAUAGGACCCAGCUGAGGUAUGAAUGCUGUGUUGGCAUAGCGGAGUCCUGGGAUCUGGAGCCUUCAUCUUUCCAUCAAGACCUUUCUGUGCCAUCCCCAUGGCAUAGGAUCUAAGUUUCAGCUCUGCAACCUAAGUCACACCCUGGGCAUUUUUUUGACUGCAUAGCUGUUAGACUCUAUACUUGCGUCCAGUUGUGGCCAUGUUCUCCAGAGCUGCAAGGGUUUCUGUACCCAGGCUUUGGCCUAUAGCUCUUGAUCUGUGGAGAGCUUCCUUUUGUGCCUCCAGCAGCUGUCCUUUGUUAACAUUAUCAGGAAGAUGGAAAAGGUCAGGCAGAAUUUUUCUGCCCUACAAAGGAUAGAAGAGAAAAGAAGACAGUAUUUUCACAAAUUCACCGUAUCUCUUUGUUUUUCUUCAAAGAAAAAAUUGAGCCAAUGUCAUCUGCUCAAAGUUGAGUAGUUUAUUCAGAAUAAACUGUAAGUUUUCUGAUUAU